UUACCAGGGAAGACAAACAUGGCAGUUUUCUUAUGGUUUGCCGGUCAUGAGGCAUGCAGCUUUCGUGACUUAUCCGACCGCUUCAAUAUAUCACUGUCGACUGUUUCUCGUAUGGUCAAUAGAACGACAAUGUUCAUUAGCAGUUUGAGUCCAGAGGUUAUACGAUGGCCUACUGAGGAGAAGAAGCAAGAUUCGGCACUUUUUUUUACCAGAAAAUGCGGCUUUGCAAAAGCAAUCGGAUGCAUUGAUGGCACGCAUAUCGUCAUUGAUCCUCCAGCUGAGCGGAAAGAUGACUACAUUGACCGGAAAGGCAACAUUACCCUUACUAUGCAGGCCAUUUGCGAUGCAAAUAAAAAGUUUAUCAACAUAUUCGUUGGAUUUCCCGGAUCAAGUCAUGAUAGUUGGGUUUUUCAGAACUCGCCUAUUUACCAAAAAUUGUCAUCGUAUUGUGGAGAUUACUACUUACUAGGAGACUCUGCUUACCCGUGCACUCAGUACGUAAUCACGCCAUAUAAGGAUAAUGGUCACUUGACGGCCGCGCAGAAAAACUUCAAUGUGAAGCUAAGCUCCGGUCGCGUUGCAAUUGAGCACACAUUAGGAAUCCUGAAGCAGCGAUUUAGGCAGUUGUACUAUUGUAAGCUAAGGGGUAGUAGGAAGUUGUGCCACUUCAUAAGGGCGUGUUGUGUCUUGCACAAUAUUGCGAACGAGAGCGAUUUAGAAUUUUCGCCAGAAGUUUUAAUUGAAGAAAGAGCAGAAAAUGAAUGUGGUGAAACAUCCAGAGGAAACUCUGUCCGCGAUGCCAUUUGUAUGGAUUUGCCACCGAGGCAACAAUCAAGAAGUAUUCCUUAA